GCCAUGUUUAUUCCGAAACUGAAACCCGAAAUGGAUGUCAAGUUAGUUGGCCAAAUACUUGUAUAUCUUACUUGUAAUAAUUUCAAAUUUUAAGCAUGCCAUCAUGUGCUGCUCUAGGAUGUUUCCGACAGAAGGGUAUGGUUCGGAAAUACUUCCCUCGGAAAGACCGUCGCCGACGUCAGAUAUGGGUGGACAUGAUGGAUCGUCCUGGGUGGAUUCCUAACAAGACAUCAUUCUUGUGUGAGGUUCACUUCGACAAAGACCAGUGGGAAAUGCGAAAUGGGAAACGCAAGUUGAAGAGUUCUGCUAUACCGACAAUAUUCCCAAUCAAACCUACCCAUUGUCCUGUGCCAAGAGACCAUCCGUAUUGUCUGCCUUACUAUCGUAAAUUUGUUGAAGACGGCACAUUUAAAACAGAUAAAUCAGAAGACAACGGUUCUAUGCAUAUUGAACAUAUCAAAGUUGAGAUGGGUGAAAAUGAAGAUUUUGAUUUUACUAAAGAAUCAGUGGAAGAAGGGAUCAGUUUAGAGGGUAGCGGAGACAGUCAAGAGAGAGAAGAAGAAGUUGAAAGUAUUCAAUGCACUCCAGACAUCUUAGCGUAUCCAGAGCGAGGAGAACCUUACCCGAUUGAAAUGGUCAACUGUGAAAUGGAGUACAAUACAAGCCUGGCUGAACCUGAAAGAGACCCCCUGGCUUUUUCUGCUGAAGACAAAAUCAACCCAACAGCAGUACAUCCGCUUUUUGGAACAGGAAAAAAAUAUUUAUUCAUCCCUAGAAAUACUAAAGCGGUUGUCCACACACCAGAUAAAGCUACUGGGGAACCUAUAGUGGGAAGUACUCUUCCGACUAACAAUCAAUCCAGUGCAAGGUUAAAAGUAAAAAGUAUAAAACAACUUAUAGAUCCAAAAACUGCUUUGGAAACUCCAACAAAAUCCCCCAAUCUUCCACCAUUUGUGGAUUCCAAACAAGUUUUCAGGUCACCAUCAGCUGUCUACAUAAAAGAACCUUUAACUCUGACAGCUGCUUCAACCAAAACUGGGGACCGAAAGUCAAUGUCUCCAGUUAGUUUGGUAAUUGAUAAGGACAUAGUUACGUUGACAUCGCCAAAGUUUAACAGUUCUGUGGGAGCCAAAGUAACUCCAACAAGCAAGGCCGCACCACCAAAACUGAAUUUGGUUACAACCCCGGUUUCCCAUGAGCACAAUCUAAACUUCUUUCAGAAUACAAAAAACCGUAAUGCGCUGAAAGUUUUUAGUAAAAUUAAAGAAAGUUCUAAUCCUUUGUUAUCGAGUAGUUCUAAAGAGGAGCUCUCUAAACUGGCAUUACAAAAAAAUAAUUAUUCUAAAAAGAUUUUUGCUUUUGAAAAAAAGACAAAUUUUAAAUGUUUAAACCCUCAAAAAACUUGUCCACCGUUGAAGAAAGCUGCCUCAAUUUCAUGGAAAAUGUUGGAAAAUAAAGAAGUAAUUCAAGAAAAGAACAACAGCCCUAGGAAAACAAUUAGGAACAAUGAUGGAAAACAUUUGGUACAAAAAAACCAAAUCAAGAGAGCCUCGAUUAUUAUUUUAAAGCCGUAUGGUUCCCCGAAAAACGUUUUUCCCCGUGGAAAUGAGGGAAACAUAAAAAAGACUAUGAUGUAUAAAUGUGCCAGGUGUAAUGCUUUGUUUACUUCCAAAAAUGCAUACACAAGACAUAAACCCUGUAAUUUCAUUAAAGGAAAACAAAGCGAUUACUUUAGAGCGAUAAAAAAAAUACUGCAGACAAAUGCCAAUGUCAAUGUUGAUGGAACAUCCCUUAAAAGGACCAAUGAGAAUGAAAUUAGGCAAAAAGAAAGCACCACAGUAUUAGUUUCAUCUGAAGAUGAAUCCAGUUUAGAGACAAUUGAAGAAAUUUCAAGUUCCGAUGAAGAUACUGAUACUGCUUCUGAAAAAAGUGAAAAUGGCGUUAAAAAGUCCAUUAAAGAUAGAAAUAUUUUGAAUCAAUCGCUUACAGUAGAAAAUACUUUCCCGGACGUACAUGAUCUAGUUUCAUCUGAGGAUGAUUCCAGUAUAAGGACCACUGAAGAAAUAUCAAGUUCUGAUGAAGAUACUGAUUCUGCUUCUGAAAAAAGUGAAAAUGGCGUUAAAAAGUCCAUUAAAGAUAGAAAUAUUUUGAAUCAAUCGCUUACAGUAGAAAAUACUUUCCCGGAAGUACAUGAUCUAGUUUCAUCUGAGGAUGAUUCCAGUACCACUGAAGAAAUAUCAAGUUCUGAUGAAGAUACUGAUUCUGCUUCUGAAAAAAGUGAAAAUGGCGUUAAAAAGUCCAUUAAAGAUAGAAAUAUUUUGAAUCAAUCAUUUACAGUAAAAAAUACUUUCCCAAAAGUACCUGAUCUUAGUGCCGUCAAAUUUAAAAGUGUUGAGUUCUUGAAAAAAUCAGGACAAUGGGGACCACGAAAAGUAAGGGGACUAAUGAAGGGAAGGAAUCUCAAUAAAACUGAAUCAAAAGACAGUUUUAAUGGAAAUGAUAAAUCUGUUGGAUGUAAACAAAUGUUUGAUGAAAGUAAAAAGGAAGAUGCUGUAAAUUCUUUACCUAAAGAAAAUCCAACAACUAAAAUAAAAAAAAAUCAUAAAGUAGUCCCAACAUCAUUUCAAAGGAAGACAAGACCAAACAAGAUUAAAGAUGACCAAAGAAAAAACAAUAUAGUGGUGAUCAGCAGCAGUGAUUCUAGUGAAGAUGAUGCCAGUACCUGCAGUUUGGUGGAUAUUAGUAAUGAAUCUGAGCGUAAUACGAGAAAAGGUAAAAUCAAAUCUAGUAGACAUGUACCACAAAACAGUGGGGCUUCUUUGGUUAUCCCUUCAGGGGUAGUGGACAAGGAAAGAUUAAAGAAGCUUAUAACACUAAAAAAGGACACAGAGUUAAUUGAUAAACAGCAAAAAACUGUAGUCUUAGAAAAAGCUGUUGAAUCAUUUAAACCCUUGAAAACUAAUGAUUUUUCAAAUAAACCAACUGUAAUGCUAUCAAGGCAUAAUACAUCAGAUAUCUGUAAAAUAAAAACCUGCCAAGGUAUUGAAAAACAACAUUCUCCGGAAAACAAUGCUAAAUUAGUUCCAAGCGAUGACAAGGAUAUAAAGUGCAGAGGAAAAACUAAUUCCAAUAAAAUUACGGCAAAGCCCAAAUUAUCUCUAAGUGUUUGCCAAAGAGGUGGGGAAAAAACGUUGAUUGCAAAAGUUUCAGAAGAAGAGGUGGUAGAUUUAACUCAAACAGAUCAAGCAACAGAAAGAAAACAAAUCCUGAGUGAAAAACCAAUAAUUUCACGAGUGCCAAAGUUAAGAAGUAGAGAAAUAAAAACAAAUGAUAGGGCAGACACAAACAGUAAAAAGUUAAAAAUUGGAAAUGAUCUUCAUAAUGCAAGCAAUAUGAAAUUAGUUUUGGAAACAUUGUCGAGAGAUCACACUACAAACAUCAUAUCACACGGCACGUGGAGACCCACUCAGCCUGCAAGGUGUGUAAGCAAAAGUUUGCUCACAGCGUUCUACUGA